AUGCGAGAGAGAGAUGCGAGAGAGAGAGAUGCGAGAGAGAGAUGCGAGAGAGAGAUGAGAGAGAGAGAUGAGAGAGAGAGAUGCGAGAGAGAGAUGCGAGAGAGAGAGAUGCGAGAGAGAGAGAGACAUAUAGACAAACAUUCUAAUUUCUCCAUCAAUCUCUUUAUUCCCUCCAGGCAUCCGUUUCCGCCCGGAGACCGCGUCACGUUCAAUGGGAGAGACUGCCUGUGUCAGAGCUGCGCUGCACAGCCCAUGGCCCCGGGAACUAAAGACACCACAUCCAGCAGCUGCGCCGGCUGCGGCAGGGACAUCAAGAACGGCCAGGCCUUACUAGCGCUGGACAAGCAGUGGCAUCUCGGCUGCUUCAAGUGCAAAUCCUGUGGCAAGGUCCUGACCGGCGAGUACAUCAGCAAGGAUGGCUCUCCGUACUGUGAAAAGGAUUAUCAGGUUAUGUUCGGGGUGAAGUGCGAAGCGUGCCACGAAUUCAUCACGGGGAAAGUGCUGGAGUUUGUGCCGGCACUGUGCACAGUGGGUGGAAGCAGCGCGGCUGGUUGCUUGAUUCCUCCUCCAGGUGUCUGCGAUUUCUAA